AUGCCCGAAUUCGCUCACCCCUGGGACGUCUUCCAUGCCACCAACGCCGAGAUAACCGUAGCCUCAUCCUUAGGCGGCACUCCCCCCGUCGACCCAGGCUCCGUUGAACGCUCCCAGAACGACCCCUUCUCCGCCACCUUCUUCGCCGAACAAAAGGCUCUCUGGAUAAACACCCCCAAGAUUUCCUCCCUCCUCGGCCAAGCCGACCACUUCGACGCCAUAUUCUUCCCCGGCGGCCACGGGCCCAUGUACGACCUGGCCACCAACAGCGCCUCGCAGCAGCUAAUCGCCGAGUUCUGGGGCAAGGGCAAGGUGGUAGCCGCGAUGUGCCACGGGCCCGCCGCGCUAGUCAACGUGAAGUUGGCGGACGGGAGUUUCUUGCUUAGUGGGAACAGGGUCACUGGGUUUUCGAACCAGGAGGAAGAAAUCGCCCAGUUAACGUCGCUAAUGCCGUUUUUGCUCGAGACGGAGCUGGAUAAGAGUAGCGCGGGGAACUUUGUCAAGACGAAUGCCCCGUUUGCCAAGAAGGUUGUUGUUGAGGGGAGGUUGAUUACGGGGCAGAAUCUUGAUAGUACUAGGGGAGGUUGUUAA